AUGGCACUGUCCACGGAGCUGUACGGCACCCCGGCCUCCAGGCUGGACUCCUUCCUGGCGCAGGGGCUGCAGCCCAGCCGGGAGUGGAAGGAGGAGGUGCUGGAGGCAGUGAAGACGGUGGAGCAGUUCCUGAGGGAAGAGCCCCUCGAGGGAGAGUGUGGGCCGGACCAGGAGGUGCGGGUGCUGAAGCUGGUGAAGGUGGGCUCCUUCGGGAACGGCACGGCGCUCCGGGGCAGCGCCGAGGUGCAGCUCGUGGCGUUUCUGAGCUGCUUCCGCAGCUUCCCGGAGGCGGCCCGGCUCCACCAGGCCGCGCUGCGGCUCCUGCGGAGGACGCUGUGGACGUGCCGGGACCUGCUGGCCCUCGGGCUCGAGGUCCUGGGGGUGUCCCCGGGCGUCCCCGAUGCUCUCGCCUUCACCAUCCAGACCAGGCGGACCGAGGAGCCGGUCACCGUCACCAUCGUGCCCGCCUACCGGGCCCUGGCGCCUUCUGCUCCCCACUCGCCGCCGCCCCCUGAGGUCUACGAGAGCCUGACGAAAGCCUGCCGGCACCCCGGACAUCUCUCGCCCUCCUUCUGCGAGCUGCAGAGAGACUUCGUGAAACAUCGGCCGACCAAGCUGAAGAGCCUCCUGCGGCUGGUGAAGCACUGGUACCUGCAGUAUGUGAGAGCCCGGUGCCCCAGGGCCGCCCUCCCCCCUCUCUACGCCCUGGAGCUACUGACCAUCUACGCCUGGGAAAUGGGUACGCAGGAGAAUGAGAGCUUCCGGUUGGACGAAGGCCUCACCACGGUGAUGGAACUCCUCCAGGAGUAUGAGUCCCUUUGUAUCUAUUGGACCAAGUACUACACGUUCCAGAACCCCAUCAUUGAGGACGUUGUCAGAAAACAGCUCCAGAGAGAGAGGCCCAUCAUCCUGGAUCCAGCGGACCCCACCUACAACGUGGCGGAAGGGUGCAGGUGGGACAUAGUGGCUCAGAGGGCCUGCCAGUGCCUGAAGCAGGACUGUUGCUAUGACAGCAAGGACAACCCAGUCCCCAGCUGGAAUGUGAAGGGGGCACGAGACAUCCAGGUGACUGUGGAGCAGUGGGGCUGCCCAGAUUGGAUCCUCACGGUGAACCCUUAUGACCCCAUAAGGAAGGUUAAAGAGAAGAUCUGGCGGAGACAGUGCUGCUCGGGCCUGCAGCAGCGGCUGUCUUUCCAGACUCCCGGCGGCGAGCGGAAGCUCCUCAGCAGCCGCAGCUCCCUGGCCAAGUUCGGGGUAUUCUCCGACACGCGCAUCUGCCUGCUGGAGACCAUCCCCCCGGAGAUCCAGGUCUUUGUGAAGAACCCGGAAGGUGGGAGCCACGCCUAUGCCGUCGACCCCAACAGCUACGUCCUGGGCCUGAAGCAGCAGAUCGAAGACAAGCAGGGGCUGCUCAGAAAGCAGCAGGAGCUGCAGUUCCUCGGCCAGGUCCUGCAGGACUGGUCGGCUUUGGGGAGCUAUGGUAUCAAGGACAGCGACACCCUCAUCCUCUCCAAGAAGAAAGACAUAAAUUUCCCAUUUCUGCCCAGCAACUUUCCUCCGGGAAACCUCUCUGGGCGUUCUGCCAUCUAAUCCAGGACUCACCCUAUCAAUCACUCCUUCAGCUCGCUGUUGAGGGUCCCAGAUCUUCACCAGCUUUGUAAAGAGUUACCCUAGCCCUCCCUGCCCGUGGAGGAAUGGGGAGGGUGUGAGAGAUUAGAUAUACUGUUAACAUAAAAACAUUCA